CAGUCCGGUGGAGCUGGAGCUGCCGGCCGCCCGGAGGAGCCCAGCGCGGAGGAACCUCCGCAGCGCGGGCGGGCCGGGCCGGGGCCGGGGCCGGGGCCGCAGCCGCCCAGGUUGGAGGCAGUCAUUCCCCAGCUCAGAGCUCUUCAGUGGUUCCCUCUUGGAUUCAGCAAGCAUCUAUUACAUGUCUUCUAUGUGACAGUCACCCUGCUAGGUGCUGGAGAUACAAACAAUCUUAGGUUCUAAUGAGGGGACAGACCACAUAUACAAACACUUGUGCAUGAAGAUUUAAGUGGAAAAGUCGAUGCACAGAGACAGUCCCACUCUCUCGGCGUUGGAAGCCUGGGUCCAAUGGCACAAAAAGUCGUUACACCUGGAGACUUCCUCAGCUGCAUUGGAUGGCCGUGUUGUCCUUUGUGCUCCAUCAAGCCCUAAGCACUCCACAGUGCUUUGCUGCGUCGCCAUCUCAGCCAUUGAACCUUCUUGUUGGUUUCUUCCACCUGUUCCACCGAAGCAGUCUUCACAUGCUGGAUGAGAAUACUGAGGCCCAGAGACACUAAGUGACUCACCCAGCAUCACACAGCAAACUAGUGGAGGGAGUGGAAACAGGAACCCGCCUCUCCCAACUCUCAGUCCGUUCCUGUUGCUGCUACAUUGCCCAACCAGACUGAUGAGGGUCGCAGGCUGUAAGAAAAUCCUGUGGAGACAAGGAGAAAGUUGACUAUUUCUCAUUCCCUUGAGCUACACUUGAGGAGAAGCCUGAAUAUGGCUGAGUUUUCAGGGUACAAGGAUGUUGCUUCUAGCCGCCACCUGCGGUUUAAGCUGCAGAGUCUCGGCCGUCGCCUUGAUGAAUUGGAGGAAGCCACCAAAAACCUCCAGAAGGCUGAGGAUGAGCUCCUGGAUCUCCAGGACAAGGUGAUCCAAGCUGAGGGCAGUGACUCAAGCAUGCUGGCCGAGGUGGAGGCGCUGCGGAAACGGGUGUUGAAGAUUGAGGGCAAGGAUGAGGAGAUCAAGAGGGCAGAAGACUUGUGCCAGCUGAUGAAAGAUAAACUGAAGGAGGAGGAGAGCCUGACCCGGGAACUGAAGGCAGAGAUUGAGAGGCUCCAGAAGCGGAUGGCUGAGCUAGAGAAGCUGGAGGAAGCCUUCGGGCGGAGCAAGAAUGACUGUACCCAGCUUUGCCUGAGUCUGAACGAGGAGCGGAAUCUCACCAAGAAAAUCUCCUCCGAGCUGGAGACCCUCAGGGUCAAGGUGAAAGAACUGGAAACCUCCGAGGACAGGCUGGACAAAACUGAGCAGAGUUUAGUGUCUGAGCUUGAGAAGCUGAAGUCACUGACCUUGACUUUUGUGAGCGAGAGGAAAUAUUUAAACGACAGGGACAGAGAAAAUGAGAAACUAAUCAAAGAGUUGACACAGAAACUGGAGCAAAACAACAAGGUCAACCUAGCAGACCAUAGCAGGAACGCCUCCACCCUCCUGGACAGAAAUGACCUACGCAUCGAGGAUGGGAUCUCUUCCACGCUGCCUUCCAAAGAAGCUAGGAGGAAGGGGAACUUAGACUAUCUCAAGCAGGUAGAGAUUGAAUCCCGCAACAAAUCAGAGAAUGAAAAGAAUAGAAAUCAAGAAGAUAAUAAAGUUAAAGACCUCAACCAAGAGAUCGAGAAGCUCAAAACUCAAAUCAAACAUUUUGAAUCUCUAGAGGAAGAACUGAAGAAAAUGAGGGCCCAAAAUAAUGACUUGAAAGACAGUUACCUGAGUGAGCAAAAUAAGAAUAAACUCUUAGCCAAUCAGCUGGAAGAGGUCAAACUGAAGCUGAAGAAUCAGAAGGACCUUGAGAAUGGGGAGGUAGACAGUGAAGAGUCUUUCCUGGUUGGCAAAGGGAGGCACGAGAGACCUAAGUACCGAGGUCUUAUCACCGAGUCCCCUUCAUCCAAGUAUAAAUCACGGGAACUCUCUCCCCAACACAAAAGGGAAAGACUUCGAAACAGGGAGCACACUUUCAGUAAUGACAACCCCACUCAGAACAGCAGGCAAGGUGGCUGUCCCAGUGCCAUGAACCGGAGGGCUGCCAAGGCGGGCAUGGACAGCAUCCCUCAAGAUGCCAGAAGACCCGAUGAUAACACUGCAGCUGGGACUUCCUUGAGUGAAGGCAAGAGGACCAGGGAGCAGCCAUCAGUGCUGAGUCGCUAUCCCCCAGCAGCCCAGGAGCACCGAGUACUGAAGGGAACCUCUAAACCAGGGCAUGAGAAUGGGCUAAAAGGAAAGGUGGAAAAGACGUCCCGGGUGUUUAAUGAUGCUAGCCAAGGCCGUGGGCCUGAUGACAACAGAUCCAACAGGAUGGAUGCCGCUGGGAACAAAGCAAUGAGGGUGAAUCGAGUAGCAGCUUUGGAUUCCUCUCUAGAGGCUGUAUCAGCCAAAAAGAUCCUCAACUCUUCCAGUGGAAAUCAGGUUUCUUCUUCUUCGGCCCCAGAACUGGGCACCUCUAAGUCCACUGAUCUUUCUUCAUCUCGAAGAUCAUCAGCUGAAGGACUGUCAAAAUGCAAAAGAGCUGCUAACGGCCAGGAAGCUGAGAGCGGACCUCUGGGUCUAAAGCCUCCUGUUUCAUCCAAGGCUUCUUAUGGUUCCAGGAGUCAGGAAGACAUCCUCCAGGGUUUUACAACACUCAGCAAGGAGGAACAGGACCAUCCUGUAUCUGUGAUGAUGGAAGACAGCAGUCAGCAUGAAGCUCUGAGGUGCCGGGUCAUCAAACCCAGCGGCAGAGAGAGGCUGGACCUCGAAGAUGACACAGACACAGAUUCUCUUGUCACUGCCAAGUUAGUCAACACGACCAUCACUCCAGAGCCAGAGUCCAAAAGGCAGCCCAGCUCCAGAGAAACGCCGCGAUCCCGGGCGGCCUUGAGAACAGCCCUGUUUGACAACGACAGGGACCCGGGGGCUGACACAGAAUCGGUUAAACCCGGGAGAGGAGCCACAGAGUUUCAAGAUAGCUCAGGAGUGAAAAGCCGAAGGCCCUUCAGCCCGAGGGAGGCUUUGCGGUCCAAGGCAGUCAUUAAGCCCGUCAUUAUCGAUAAGGACGUGAAAGAGGUCAUGGGGGGAGUGGGGACUGAAGGAGGCCCAGAGAAACCGAAACCCACCUCCAGAGCAGUGCCAAACAAGGUGACGAGCUGCAUAACCAUCUUCCCAAUGGAGGUGAGCAGCCCCAGGGGGAGCACGAGCGAAGCCCCCAGAGAGAGGCAUACGUCCACCAGCAACAUCCAGGUGGUCCCCAGUGAGCUGUCCUCGGUCACCAACCACAUUAGCCUGCCCUUUGAGAUCUCCAUUAACAAGAACGACAUCACCAGGCAGAUCUCGGAGGCCGAUCAGGCUGGGGAUCUUCCCCCUCGCAACAGGCCAGAAACGGUGGUCUCGAGGAGCAGUAUUACCAUCAAGCCAUCAGAAUCUGCCGAGAGGAAUAGCCAGGAGCCUUCCUCAGAGACCCUCAGGUGGAUCAGCCACCACAAUCCUUCAGAAACAGAGCCUUCCGACACCAAGCACGUUACCUUACGGAGCGCCUGGAGGACCAGGCGGGACUUGAACUCUCGGGAAGACCCCCCUGGCCAAGGAGGCAAAAAUGUGGAUUCCCCGAAUGCGUACACGCAGAGGUCUGCCACAGAUUUCUCAGAACUGGAGCGGCCCAGGCUCUCUCCCUUGGAGCAGGGCGUGCGGAGGGGGGCUGGGAGUCCAGGGGAUACCUCCGAGCUGACUUCCCGAAGAACCCAAAGCAGCCUUACAGUGUCAGAGGUCCUCACGCGGCGUAGCCGGGCCGGCGACCCCGUCACUGCUGCUGCCUUGAGCCGCCCAGCAGGCCUGGGAGGUCCUGGAGGAAAGGAGAGCAGCCAGGAUCAAAAGAAAGGGGCUAGAGAAAGAGAGGAGGAAGCUGAAGGCAAUACUUCCACCUCCUUUCGAUGGCAGCACAGUUGCCUAGAAAGGCCAGAGCUGCCUGUGAGGCGGCCACCAGAGCUCAUGCGUGUUCGAGCUGAAGAACGGGUACGUCGGGCCAAGCACUCCUCUGAAGAGAAUUGAUAUGACUGGGGUGCUUCCUGCUCCGCUGGGUUGACUUCCAAGAUUUUGAUUCUCUUCUCCCAGCAGUGGAUUCACUCUGUGGUCUGCCCCAAGGGGAAGCUCUGACCACACACCCUUCAGCCACCAGCUGCAAAGCCAUCUCCCAUUCUUCUCUCCCUCUGAGCAUUCUUCACUUGGAGGUUUUCCAAGCAGACAACGAACAGCAGUGUGUCUGGGGGUCCCUGAGCCCGGGCCCCGGGGUGGCAUCUUGGGUAUUGGGACUGCAGCUCCUGGGCUGGCUGUUCCCGGAGGGGCCAUCCCACCCGUCAGGGACCCAUCUCCGCCAGACCCCAUCCAAGAGGACGCAGAAGGGCCCAUGCCCCUCCAUCUCCCCUUCACCAAGCACUGGAGGCUUUGCUCUAGUUCGCCUGCAAGCCUCACCUUGACUUCCAGAAGGGUGUCGUCCCCACCCCACUUGGGGUGGGGGAGGGCACGGAUCCUGAGACUGGGCUAGGCCUGACCUGGCACACUCCCUUUCCCCCCUCCCCUAGUCAGGAUGAAACCUUUCCCCACUUGUCCCCCCGAGCAAUAGAUCCAGGGAGCGGCAGGCCCGUGCGGGCUGCCCCCUGCCCCCAGCCUUCUCCCCCGACCCCUUUCCCCCGAGAACCGCACUUUAUGAGUCAAUGCAAUCCUUGAAGGUCGGCUGGAAAGGGGAUUUCUGUGGAUGGUAGAUUCCUGUUGCCUCCAGCAGCAGAAUGAGGGGAAACCAUGCCGUAGGGGCUGGGGAGGGGGAAGAAUGAUCCGGGCAGAAUGCAGCAAAAUGUCCAAAUUCCACAUUGCAGAACAUUUUCCAGCGACAAACCUUAGCGAUGGGUCAGUCCCUCUGUGCGAGGGCCGUGGCCACCGGCUCCAUCCGGUCUCGCCUUUGCUCCAUGGAGGGCGGUUGGGCUCGCCUGGCUCCUACCUUCCUGCUCCCAGAACACGGAGCUCGAAGGGGCCGGCUCGUCCCACCCCCCCAGCCAAGGGUAGCUGGCCGGGCCAGAGCGGAAUCUGAAUUUGUUCUCCUGACUGCCGAGCGCGCCCUCCUGCCCGUACCGCACUCGUCCUUCCCGGGGCUGCGGCCCUUCGCUUCUCCUUUGUAACAGCUCACCUGGUGUGUUGGAAGGGCUCCAGGCUGGGCGCCGGGGCUCAUGGAAUCCUGUUCUCGGGCUGCGCCUGGGAGUUCUUGGUCCUGGCUUCGGCGCAGGAACCAGUCUCAUACCUCCAUUUUCACGGUUUGCCAAAUGUGGGCCGUCCCUUCUUUCCCCAUCGUUGCCGGGUCCUGCGAGCACCCCGGCAGGCAGGGCCCCUCCGCUAAGCUUCCUGCGCCAACGCCGCCCAGCGCGCUGCUCGUCCCAAAGCACUUGGGCAGCCCCAGCUCCGCCCCCCCGCCCCCCCCCCCCAAUCCCUCCUCCAUGGGCCGGGAGCUCCAGGAGGCCUGCAGGCUCCGCCCCCUGCUCCGAGUGGGGUCAACGGAGGCUCCCGGCAGUCACGGAGACCCUCUGGCGCUUCCCUCCUCACAUCCCCACAUCCCGGUGCUCAAACAGAAAGACUUGUGUUGUCCAUUCGGCUAGGUGCCAACGUGGUGACUCCGCCGAGCCCAAGUGGCACUGCUCAUUGCUGCUGCGGAACCAAGAUGCCAUGUGGGAGAGGGAUAAGCCAUGGGGGCCGCCAUGCUGGAACCUGAGUGCAAUAGGGUUUGAUUGUAACGAAUAUUUCAGGAUAAGUAUUUCACCUCCCCUCCCCCCACUUGCACACUUUCUAGGACCGCUCAUAGAGAGAUUUAUUUUUUAAUGUUCUUGGUGUUGCAGAAAAUACUGGGUAUAAUUGUAGCCAAGAGGCCGAGGCCGGCUCUUUGGGGCUUGGCAGUGGCGAAGAUCCCUUAGGGUUCAGCAGAUUCCAAAGUUAAGAUGCUCUAUGCUACGUGACGGCAUCACUCACUGCACCUUCCUAAAAAGUCGUUGGAGGGGCUGCAAGCCAUGGCCUGUCCCCAAGCCUUCUCUCAGACUCCGUGGCCCGGAGGCCCAUUCGCUGGAAGUAGAGGUGGCCCGGCAGAGAGGCCGGCGCUCAAGGCAUCCUCUGGGCCAAGAUGCCAGUCGUGCCCACUGAGGAACGGUGUGUUCUCAGGGCUCCAGUCUUCUGCAGCAGCGGAGGAAGCUGGCGGCACUGGGGAAAACGAAGCCCGAGAUCAGACGGUGACUCCGGAGUGACAGGCCGGCCUUCCUCCCCGUGCCUUCCUUUGCACCCCACACCCACGUUCCUUCCCUCGGCCGUUGAGAUCUCAGAAGCCAUCUACUAAGACUCGAAGGCCAUCCGGGAGUGGGGAGACGAGUCACCAAGUGGGCUUGGGCAGCCUCAGGGGUUGCAGGAUGAAAAGAAGAGACUCUUGGGCUAAGAGGCCAUGAGGGGUCCCUGGGUCUGGAAGCCCCUCCACCUCCAGGAGAGAUUGCACACAAACACCCGGUCUGUGUGACUGGGGCCAAUACUGUUCUGAGCCCCUGGGUAGCAAAGGGAUCCAGGAGCCUCUCGUGGUCGCUAGGGAGAGGGGGGCAGCUGCUGCCUCCUCCCCCUGCCAGGGAUGCCCGGGUCAUCCGUGCCACCAUCCCCGCUUGGAGGUUUCCCAAGGCUGCUUCAGAACUGGUGCUUCCAGGCCUCCGGGGGCCCUCGAGUUCCCCGACGGCGCAGCUGUCCACUGCAAUAGGGGAGGUGCUGCAUUCUCCUGCUGCUUAGCAGUUCAGAACAUGUAUGAAUGGAAUGUAUUUUUAAAAGAAUAAAAUAUAUUUUUUUGUAUUUUAAAAGUUGGGUGGGGUAGGGAGGCAGCCCUAUAAAGUUGUUGUGUUACAGGCAGAAAACUAACCCUCCGUUGCUGUGUGUUCCAGUCUCUCUCCAAGUCAACCCAUUCCAGCUAACUCGGUCCAGUGCCUCAGUGUUGCCGCUCCAGGAAAGUCCUCGGCUGCUCCUGGUCCUUCUGCUCCACCAACAUUCUUGCUCUAAGCAUGUGAAAUAGGAGGCAGCCCAGGGCCACGCGGGGCUGGGCGCCCAGCCGCAGCUCGGGGCUCCUCGGUUGCAUGUUUGAAGCCCGUUUGUCUGCAUGUAUUCUCUGGCUCUCCAGCUGUCUGUCAGCCCUACAGCACGCUAGGUAACCAAUAAAGCUCUCCGAUUUCUACGUGC